GGGGGGUUGAGCACCUGAGAGGGUGGAGCUGCCAGUGUUCACAUACAACCUGGGGCCCAAGCAAAUAUUUCUGGAGAGACCUCAAGGACAGGAAGCAUGAGACCAAAAGAGAUGAAGAUAUUACAGGGUUUAAAAUGCAUUGUGAGAAAUGGAACAGAACUUCGGAACUUGAGAUUUUUUCUCAAUUUGAUCAAUCAAUACUCUAUCAGAUAAUACACUUGGAUUUAAGUGAUAAUUCAAUUGAUGAAAUUGCUCCAGGAUAUUUUCAGAAGGUUCCUAAUCUGCGAUAUUUAGAUUUGAGUGGAAACAAUCUUGAAACAUUGGUUUCAGAUGUUUUUAAAGGCCUCAAUCAUCUUGAACAAUUACACUUGGAGCGAACAAAUUUGGAAAUCCAAACAUCACUACCACCAGGAUUAUUCCAACAUACACCGAGCCUUAAAUAUCUGAAUUUAAAAUGCCCGAAGACCCAAAAUUGGAACAAUCUAAUUAGGGUCCCCCUAACAACAAAAGAAAGCAAUUCUGACGUAAAAUUCAAAGUUAAAUCCAACCAAAAGAAUAGUGAGUCAACUCCAUAUUUGGAACCAACAUUCCCAGAUGAUGUUUUCAUUGAUUUAAAGAACAUUGAAUACUUAGGACUAAGCCUACUCAAUGUAGGAGAACUUAGUUUUGGGAACGCAUUUACCGAUAUGAAAUUCCUGACAUUUCUUGACUUCUACCAAGGUGGGGAAAGUGAAUCAAAGUGUGGAGAUUACUUGCCAAUUAAUGGGUUUACAUACAUGUAUGAUCUGACUGGCUCACAAUUUGGCAGAAGUGACACUUCAGGUUUUCAUCAUAAUGCAGCCUCUGAAGACAUCAGUCACCACACACUACAUACCCAAAUAAAUAAACCUCCAACAGUUCCAAAUCAAAACAGUGUUAACUACAACAAUACAGAUGCCAAUAAUGCACACAAUGCUAGUGCUUAUAAAUAUGUGCACCCUGAUAAUUCCCACAACCAACUAGAAAGCUUUAACACAGAUGGUCUUCAUUUGAGAAAUGACACCUUCCUACCAUUUAAAGAUGGUCAACUGAAGAAGUUGAACCUUAAACAUGCUAAGAUAAGAGGUGUGGAUGCAUGUGUUUGGUGCCCACUGAAGUCCCUAGAAAUUCUUGAUAUUAGUUGCAAUGAGUUCCCAAGUAGCUUCGCCAAAUGGACUGAUUCUUUCUAUGGCCUUCAAGGUAACAGCAUACAGACAAUUAUGAUGGAUAACAUAGUUGAUCCUGAUAAUAUUGAGAAAUGGUCAUUUGAUGAAGAUAAAUUCCGUUUCUUGAAGAACACCCGGAUUCACCAGAUUUCAAUGGCUGGAAAUGCAAUAAAUGAAAUAUCCCCAAUACUUGGGAGUGUAUUUCCCUACUUGGAAUAUCUAUCUCUGAAAGCUAAUUUUAUAUGGAAUGUAUAUGGAGAAACACGGGACUUGGUUCUACUUGAUCUCUUUACCAGUAAUCUGAAGGUGUUGGAUUUGAGCUACAUGAUGAAUGCUGGUGGCAACACUGUAAAAUGCUGGGUUCCUUCUGAAUUGUGGUUGAAGAACUUCAUUGAAGAUACAGACAAUCCAAGACCAAGAUGUGAAUCUGAAGGAGCCCUAGAAGAGUACUUGAGGUACAAAGCUGAACACCCAGAACAAAAUGUUGCUGCCUUUCCACUUCCCUUUAAUAUAGAGGAAAUAUAUGGCAACAACUUGCCAUUUUACUCAACCACUGGCCAGGCAAUAUCUUACACACCAAUUUUCAUCUUAAACAAUAACCAUCUUCGUAGGAUAAGUGCUGAAGGGGUGUCACUACAACAGCUUCGUCAUGAUUUUCUUGGUGCAAAAUGUCUUGAAUAUAUUAAUGUACGUGAUAACAAGAUAAGCUUCAUUAAACCCGAUAUUUUAAGAAAUCAACCAUAUCUGAGGACCAUCCUUCUUGGAGACAACCAAUUAGGACAACAAUUAAGCAAAGGAGGUAAUGAUAGUACAUUAUUUGAGAAUGUUACGUCACUUCAGGUAAUAGACAUAUCCUCCAAUAGCAUCCCAUCACUGAAUAAGUCCACCUUUAGAGGGUUACAUAACCUAAGAGUCCUCAACAUCAGUAGAAAUUAUCAGUUUGGAAAAUCUGGUCUAGAUUUAGAUGUCCAAGAUCUGAGAAAAUUGGUCUACUUUGACCUUUCCUAUACAUCUACCACAAGUUUUGAUAUGGUAACAAGGAACUUUUUUGAUGAUGUGAACAAGCAUGAACAACUCAGCAUUGAUUUGACAGGGAAUGGCUUUCCAUGUGGAUGUCAGAAUCAAGAAAUGAUAAACUGGAUGCAGAACUCAUCAAUUCACUUCCCCAACAAGCAAACAUACAUGUGUGACAAUAACAACACCUACAUCAUGGAGGUGAAUAUUUCAAAGCUAGCCACUGACUGUUUCCAAGCACCAAUUGAAGUCAAACAUAAUGCUCUAGUUCAGACUAUUCUCCUCUCACUUGGAUCAGUUCUGUUCUUGGUGAUAUUAGGUGCUGUAGUUUAUAGGUAUCGUUGGAAACUGCGAUACCACUUCUAUCUUGCGAAAGGUUCCUUACGUGAUCAUGGUGAUCCAAAGGUUCAAGAUGGAUUCAAAUAUGAUGCCUUUGUUGCAUAUAACCAUUCAGAAGAUUAUCAUUGGAUUAUUGAUGAACUCAUACCUGAGAUAGAAACCAAACACAAUCUGAGCCUUCUGAUUGGUCAACGUGACUUCACUGCCGGAAAUCUUAUCAUAGACAACAUAGUUGAUGCAAUCGAAAACUCUCGUAAAACAAUCUUGGUUUUGACGCCUAGUUUUGCCGAUAGUACCUGGUGUAAUUGGGAAAUGAAAUUCGCACUGAGUAAGGGGGAGGGUUAUGUUAUUCCAAUAAUGCAGAGACAUAUCCCGCAGGAAGUGAUGCCAAAGACACUUAUGAGAAUUAUUUCCACUAUGACCUAUCUUGAAUGGAGUGAUGAUGAAGAUGCCAAACCAUUAUUUUGGAAAAAACUCCUUGACAAAAUAGCCGUGAGAAAAUAACAUGAAAAUCUAUAACUAAGCUAGAGAUAUAGCAACUUCCAAGCUAGGAAAUCCCAACGAACAAGACAU